AUGUGUUCCCAAUAUGCCACUGACGGUCAGAAGGCGGAGGCAAAGGUAGACACGCAAGCGUGUUCGAGGACGAGGAGAGCAAAGCUUUCACUAGGCUGCGAACCGAGGGAAGACGCGUUAAAGAGGAUAAGAAUAAUGUGGCGAGCCGCCAAGAAUUUGAAGAAAGAAGAGGCGGAAGAGCAAGUGGCAGACGGGUGCGGUAGUCAAGAAUGGAUAAUGCGUAUUCUGAGAUGCGUGCCUCAAGCCGCGGCCGAUCGCGAGUCCUUCCUGCUGCAAUCAAGCGAAAGGCAGAAAGAAAGAAAGCUAGCCAGACAGAGCACCUCAAGCGCGUCCCUACGCGCGGUUAUUUCAAACGACCAGACGCUCGCUCACGCCACGGAUGACGGAAUGGAUGCUUGGUCGGAGGUAUCCGAGGACAGCGUUUGGACGAGCGUGGCGGUGGCGAGCCUGGUGAUGCAACACGCGCAGGGAAGAGCAGGGUCGGCGAAGACGAAUGUGACGACUGAGGUCGCACAGGGAAGAGAGCAAGCAAGACGAAACGAGGGAGAUCUGAAGGUGAGUGAGGAACGUGCCAGCCUCUGGUCUGCUGCAGCUUCCAGCUCUCCGUUCAACCGGCGCCGCGCCGACCGCGUUCGAUUUCCUCUUCCCUCGGCUGACGGCCCAUAUCCCGGUCAAAUCCAAUCGCAGUUCGCUCCGCACCCCGCUUAGGCACGGCUAUCAUCCGGCAUGACAUAAAUUGAUUUUAUCAAUAUAAUUAGUAGGAAAACGUGCAGUGAUAUCUGGGAAAUAUGGCGUCACAGCUGGCGUCAUGGAACCCAGUUCCUUCAAUCAACAUUCAACAUAAUCUGCCAUGUCCAAAAUAAAUUC